AUUUUGUGUUGCACAGGGUGGAGAAAAGUUGCUCAUGUAUCUCUCACAGCCAAAGCAAUCAAGGAGAGAAGUCAUUUAUAGAAGAGCUUGGACAGAUUCUAAGCAGGGAUCUUGGCAUACAUGGCGACUGCUGGGAAGGUGAUUAAAUGUAAAGCUGCAAUCAUCUGGGAACCAGGCAAGGCAUUUUCGAUUGAAGAGAUAGAAGUAGCACCACCAAAGAGUCAUGAAAUUCGAGUGAAGAUGGUAGCCACUGGGAUCUGCCGGACCGAUGAUCAUGUAUGGAAAGGAUUUUUUCCAAAUAUAGACUACCCUGUUAUUGGGGGCCAUGAAGGCGCAGGCAUCGUUGAAAGUAUUGGGCCAGAAGUCACUUGUGUAAAACCAGGUGACAAAGUCAUUCCUCUCUGUGUUCCUCAGUGCGGACAAUGCGACUGCUGCUUGAGCCCAAAAGCAAACUGCUGUCUCAAAUCCCACAUUUAUAAAGCUUUUCAGAGUGUGAUGCCAGAUGGAACCAGCAGGUUUACCUGCCAGGGUAAACAGAUUCAUCACUUCCUGUGGAUAAGCACUUUCUCCGAGUACACGGUGAUGCCUGAAGCAUCUAUUGUAAGAAUUGACGAUGAUGCACCUCUGGAUAAAGUUUGUCUCUUUGGCUGUGGCUUCUCAACUGGAUAUGGGGCUGCCAUCAAUUGUGCCAAGGUUGAGCCUGGUUCUUCCUGUGCUGUCUUUGGCUUAGGAGGUGUUGGCUUGUCUGUGAUCAUAGGUUGUAAAGCAGCUGGAGCAUCCCGGAUUUUUGGGAUUGACAUCAACAAGGAUAAAUUUAUGAAGGCCAAAGAAUUAGGAGCCACUGAAUGCUUCUGUCCCCGAGAUUUUGAGAAGCCGAUUCACGAGGUGCUUGUGCAGAAGACUGGUCUUGGUGUGGAUUAUACAUUUGAAGUGAUUGGACGCACUGACAUAGAAGUCAGCGCCCUUGCAUCUUCCCACCUGGGCCAUGGGAUGUGUGUGCUGGUGGGGGCACCUCCUGCAAAAUCACAGCUCUCUUUUGACCCUGCUCUCCUGCUCACAGGAAGGAAACUAGUAGGCUGCCUGAUUGGAGGUUGGAAAUUAAAAGAUGCUCUCCCUCAACUUGUUUUGGAUUAUAUGAAACAUAAAUUUAAUACAGAUGCAUUAAUAUCUCAUGUAUUGCCUUUUGAGAAGAUCAGUGAAGGAUUUGAGCUUUUACUUUCUGGAAAAAGCAUUCGCUCCGUUUUGCUGUUUUAAAACUACAAAUUUAACCUAUCUCACAGUCUCUUUUGCAGUCUUGUGCAGUUUUAAUAGCAUCUCAAUUAAUACUAUACAACCAUUUAGUCUGUGCUGAAAACAUUUAUAAUAAAUUACAUUGGUAAACACAUAUGGAAAGCUAUUUAAUUUAUAAGUUGCUGUGGAAAAAUGCUUUUGAUAAGCUAUUAAGGGCAGUUGAUCCUCCCCAUCACCAUUGCAGAAACCCAUCCAUCUUUCCACAGUAUGCAAGAUUGCCAUUUGGCCAAAUUCAAUGAAAAAGCAAACAUGAAAUCUUGAAUCUUAGAUGGAAAUGUCCUAUUGUGUCAAACAAAUGGAAACAUUAAUUGUGUUAUGUUGCAAUAAUAAAUGGAAUCAAUUAUAAUCCUUUUUGAAUAGUAGACUUGUACCUAUUGCAUUUUAGCUAACCAUUAUUAAACAAAUGAGAUUGCUUUUUGCUAUGUUUGUAGCUAGCAUGCCACCAAAAUUGCCUGGAACAGAUUUGAUGUCAUAUCUCAAACUUGUCUGAACUUUCUUUGUCAAAUCCAUUCUUGGGACAAUACUCUUGUUAGGUCAACCCUACUUUGACUUUGUCCCCAAAUCAGAUAUUUAAAGUUUAGAUAAUUUCCUUGAGGUGCUGCACUAUCCUUCCAUUUUUAUAACUGGUUCUUCUCUUUUAGGAUGAUAAAUGGUUUGAAUUUAAAAGAAAACCUGUAUGCCACCUUGAAUUGUUUUAUGAUUAGGCAUCUUAUAAAUUGAAUGAAUGUAGGAAUGAAACAAUAAAAGCAAUAUGUUUGCACCA